AUGCCAUUUCCAGUGAUAGUACAAGAGCAAAAUCAGUGUAAGGAUUACAUACAAAAGUCUAAAGAAGAGGUAGAACAGAAGGAAAAUCUAGCCAGCCAAGAUAUUUGUAAUUAUAUCGAAGGCUUUGAUCAACUCGUGGAAUCACACAAUCAAUUGAAAACUAUUGUUAAAGAAGCACAUGAAACAUAUCAACAACUUAAAGAACAAGAGGAUCAGGAAUCACUUGAUUUUACCCAGACAUGUAUCGUACAGGAAAAAGAACAAUUGCGUCUUCAGUUGAUGGAAUUAAAUAAGCAAUGUGCCGAAACUCAGAAUAAGAACAAGAUCACUGAGGAAGAAAUAGUUCAGCUAAAGAAACAACUACAAGACUUUACUGAAGAUGAGAAGCAAACUAGCCGAAAUCUUCACCAACUCGAUAAGGUAGCAGUCUCCGCAGAACAAAAUCUUGGAAUGGCAUCUCAGUCAGAUCAAUGGCUGCAUCAAAUUUAUACAUCAGCAUCAGAUUGCAAUAGGGUAGAUUCAGUGUGGAAAGAUGGUAGUCAUUAUUAUUAUACCAUCUACGAUGAAACACAAGACCAACCUAACCUUAACCUAACUUUGGCGAUAAGUUAUAUCAAUUACGAUACACAAUCUACAAUCACCAAAAUGAAAAUAACUGGAGCUCAGGUUGACAUUCAAGACUUACCGAUUGACGAUCUGGUUGAAGAAGCAGUUGAAAGAAAUGAUUUGAUUAUGUUGGUCAGCGAUGUCAAGCGCCGAUACUGUACCCGAUUAACCUUCUUAAAAGAAUUAAAAGAUCUACGAUCCAGAUUUCCUGUGGACUAUAUCUCGUCGAAGCAGUUAUUGCGGGUGAUCAUUGGUGCUUCUAGCAACAUGAUUUGUAAUUUUCUUGUACCAUGUACGUAUCCGGCAGUUGGUCGAAUUUCAAUGACAACAAUGGAAGGUCACACCAAUCCGGAGAUAUUCUAUCAGGCGAACGAUAUUUGCGGUACAUUAACAGACUGGAUUGCAUUCUUAGAGCAGCAAGUAACCCACCAAAAUAUCUACGUUAUUAUUAAAUGA